AUGAAUUCACCGCGGGGCCAGGACGAACAGGAGGUGCUCACCCGCAGUAGCACGCCUGCCACAAGCUCCGAAUUGAUCCCCGAAGAUUUGCGCCAGUUCACUCGUUCUCCGCAUCCUUAUCACCACCGACGACGUCUCGGAUCCCGCACUCCCUCCGAACAAGGCGACCGUUUACAACCACUCACUUCCUACUCCAAGUCCUCGCGGACACCCAGCGACAGUGGCACAGAGGCAGAUGAUGAGAGUACAGGGAUAUUAAGAGGCCUUCCUGCGCCACCACUCCGGCCACGAAAGGGUUUGCGCUCGGGCGGAAAUGGCGUCGGCGACUCCGAUGCUUGGUUGCCUUCCCUACACCCAUGGCCAUCAUUUGCCCGACAAUCUAGUCGGGGCUCCCGGAGAAGCUCCGACGAGAAACAGGCAGAGGGGGAGGCAGAGGAGGCCCGGAAAUUAAGGGCGAAGAGACGGGUUGAGAUCCUGCGCCGUUUGUUGGAGAUGGCGCUUCUCUUCUCAGUUGGGGCGGUGGUUCUGCUACAGAGAGAUGCGCGUUCACUUGCUUGGGAAUGGAGAAAAGAGCUUAUCACUCACGGUCUCCUACUCAUCGGACUGUAUGCUUCAUACCCCGUUAUCCUCCGUCUUACAAGGAGCCGCGAAUGUUCGUAUGGAUUAUCUAGACGGCCCUUCUUCGACAUUCCCGCGAGCUUCGACCCCGCUCCGCUGCUCUACCCGAUUCUCAUUCCGAUCUUCGUUUCGAUCACAUUGGCAAGCCAUCGCCCGGCCUUGAUAAUUCCGAACAUCAUCCUCAGCCUCUCCUCUCUCCCCGCACCCGUCAUCCCAUUACAUAAUUGGUCCAAUGGCUUCAGUCUUCCUCACUGGAUGGUCACAUUGGUGCCAAUCCUCGUUUCGGAACACUUCUCGCUCGACUCUACCAUUCCCAAACCGCUGACGCUCCGUGGGCACGAUGCGGAAUCCUUGAUUCUUCUUUUUCCUUUGCAUCAAGCGUUGAUACCCACUUUAGACUUUUUGUUGACUACCAGUAUUCUUCCUGCUGAGCUUCAGCUGUUGACCACUGCCUUAUUGAAUUUGUACUUGUUUGCGACCUCGCCCCAGGCAGAGAUCUUGAAAGCGUUGCUAUGGCUAGGCGGGAUGUGUAUAUUUGUUUUAGGCCGAGAUGUCCUGCGUUGGGAGGUCACUCUCGCUCGGAUUCCCAGCUGGAAGUUUCGUCGCUCACUGCAAAGCUCACAAUCACCAAGGCGAUUCAUUAACAUGAUCGACCACCGUCUCUGUCAAAAGCUGAGUGGGACAGGUCUCUCCGAUGAGCCUACAUCGGACAGUGAUGGCCCUGGUGCCGUUCCCAUGCCGCGUCAUGCGAGAACUAUACGCGAGAAGGCCCCCUCUGCCGAACCCGUGCCUAGACUUGACAAUGCUACUUUCGAGGAAGCAUUUGGAAGGGAAUAUCGAGCUGAGCAGCGGCAGCAACAGCGCCGCCGACACACUAUCUCAGUUCUAGAUGAGGCAGUGCAGGAGGAAAAACGGGUCCGAACUACCCCCGGUGGCCGUCGCAAGAAAUUGAUGGGGCCUGGACUCGCUUCAUUUCUAUCCAUGACCGCAGCCCAAGCGCAAGUCCGCAAAUGGUUGUAUGCACUUUACAUCUACGCUGUAUCACUGGCAAUUAUCCUGGGGCCCAUCCGGAAGUACAUUGCCGACCGGGCCCUGCAAGGCCAAGAUCCAUUUGGAUGGGCUAUUGGAUACAUGUUUGGUAACAUAUCGGCAGUCCGGUUCUGGGUGCUGAUGACGAAUCUGGAGUACUGGAUUCAACUGCCCCCGCGCCCGGACGUGACCCUGGAAGAUGAAUUCUGCUGGUUCGGGCGGAUUGAACAUAUUCGCCAAACUACCUUCGGCCCUGCCAACACUCGUCUUUUACUGAGUGCUUACUGUGUCCUGGUCUUGGUGAUGGGGCUGGCCGUUGUGUUCCAACUUAGCUCGGUCGUCGAGGUUGACACACGGCGCAAAGUAUUUCAUGGAACGAUGGUGUUGAUGUUUUUGCCUACGGUGUUUGUGGAUCCGACAUUCUGUGCGCUAGCGCUUGGAUUGGCACUGGCGAUAUUCUUGCUACUGGACCUCUUCCGUGCAUCCCAGCUACCUCCCAUCUCUCGGCCACUAACAUACUUCUUGGCACCGUAUGUAGAUGGGCGCGAUCACCGUGGACCCGUCAUUAUUUCGCAUAUUUUUUUGCUUAUCGGAUGUUCUAUCCCACUUUGGCUAUCAUUGUCAGAUCUUGCUCGCAAUGAUGACGGGCCCUGGAUGGGAUGGGAUGUGCCUGCGCGCGACGUCAGCAUGGUCAGUGGAGUCAUCUGUGUUGGAAUGGGCGAUGCUGCCGCAUCGCUUAUUGGGCGUCGGUACGGACGGUUGAAAUGGUUUUGGGGCGGGGGUAAAUCACUGGAAGGCAGCGUGGCUUUUGUGGUAGCGGUCAGUGUUGGAUUGCUGGCUGUUCGUGCCUGGCUGAUGGUGGGAGGAUGGCCAGUGGCUGGGAGCGAAUGGGUCGAGGCACCCACCUCGACUGUUCGAUUCUGGCUUUGGACAGCCUGCAAGUCUGGGUUAGCGGCAGGUGGGACGAGCGCCACCGAAGCGAUCCUCACUGGUUGCAAUGAUAACGUCGUGGUGCCCGUGGUGCUGUGGCUGUUGGUGCGGGGCUUAGGUGUUUGA